ACCGGUUAUGAACGAUGUUGUGUGUGCCCAAAUCAUAUUCCCUCUAAUCUUCCCCCCAAAUUGGGCAUCAGCGCCAUUAAUUGCAAGGAAAAACCCUCCCCCUGCCACAGGUCAGGAACGCCCAACAAUUCUCCGAAUUCGGUGCCCUAAUCGCAAAGCCAUGGCGUUAGGGCAACUGGGUCAUCUUUGAUGUCAAUAAAUCAAUCCCCAAAAAUGAAAGGAGGAGGAGGAGGAGGAGAUCAGCUGGAGAGAUACGAAAAGCUAGGGAUAGGUGAGUCCCUCCCACGAGUCUACCAGUACCCAAUAGCCUGCCAAGAGCUCAGCUCCAUUCUCAGAGGUGCUUACUCCCAACUCCCCAAAAACCUUCAGUCUCUCGUCUUCCAACACACCCUCACCGCCUUCCGCCUCCUUCCUCAGAUGCAGACACAAAAGGCCAUCUCAGCGGCCAACCUUCUCAUUCAGAGUGCAGAGGCUGUGCUGCCAAAGCAAAGGAGGGUUUUGGCUGCGACAGAGUUCAGGCAUGCAAAGAUUGCCCAUAAGAGGCGUUGCAAAGACCGACAAGAAGGUUCAACUCAUCUUCCUCAAGAUGUUCUGGUGCACAUCUUCGGUUUCUUAGAUUUGCAAUCUUUACUUUGUGCUGCAUCAGUAUGCUGGUUGUGGAAUUCGGCGGCAAGUGACAACUAUUUGUGGCAUUUGCAACAUGUUAGCUACUUUGGUGAUUCCAGUGAUUGUUUGAAGGGCAGGGCAUUGCAGAGGUGUGAAAUGCUGGAAAAUGAUGAGCAUAUGCGGUUGCAAGAGGAAGUUACUACUGAAACUAGUAUUGACUGGAGAGAGGCUUUUAUAAAGGCAUAUAAAGGUAAUUCGUUUAAGACACAUACAUCUUAUAGGGGAUUCUGUGGGCGCUGUCAUACAGUUGUUUGGCUGAGUAAAAUGAAAUGCUACAACCAACAAUGCAGACUAAACUCCAAAAAACAGCAAAUCACGCCCAUAUCUACGGAACAGAUUGUGGAGUAUAUAUUGGAUGGUGCUGUAUGUGAGGUAUCUUCAUCAGAGAGUGACACUGAUUCAGAUGAGGAGACUACUUCCAAGCUCUGGGCCUAUCCAAGACACCUCAGUGGAUACAAGAAGUAGCUUUUCUCAAAAACCAAACUGGGUUUAUUUUUUUCCUGGUGGGGCUGCCAUAUUCAGCAAAAACGGUUUUGAAGAAGAGAUGGGGCUUCAAAAAAAUUCUGGGUGUUUUGAUUAAGCCUGAAAUGGAAUUUCAUUAUGCCUGUCUGAUCUGGAUGCUGUUUACCAGCAACUGUCAACAUCAAGCCUAGAAGAUUAGCUGGUGCCUGUUCAUGUAGCGUUAUGUCGUUGAAUUGCAGUGUAUAGUAAAUCCAUGUCAUGUUGCUUUACGCAUGUUUCAUGUAUGCUGAGACAAGCUAGAAACGAUUCAUGGCAUUUAAUCACAAUACUACCAUUAAUUUCAAUUA